CUAGCUAUAAAAUAAAAUUGUGAUCUCCGAGUAUUGUUCUGCAUAUUUUUGUCUACAUGCAUGGUAACACUGUACCCAAACGUAUGAAACGUGUGAAAAAAAAUCGAUUGUUCGGAAUAAUGUGUCAUAUAAUUUUUCCCUUUGGUCUUCUAGCGGCUGGUUUUAUAGCACUUUUGUUCAGUUUCCUUUAGACGCGUUAUCUACGUCUUUCGAUCAGUCAGGAAUAUUUUAGUAUGUUGGUCUGUUCUUUCAAUUGUCUUAUGCAUUCGCUGUGAUAUCUAUCCGACGUUGGCACCUAGUCCACGUAUUGUUAAUAAUAAUAUAUUUAAAUAUUUAAUCGAUAAAAAAUGUUCCUGUAAGUAUCUAUACCAAGUCCAUCGAACGAUAGAGUAUUACAAAUUAACAACAAUCAUCGAGGCCACGUUAAAACUUUUGUCAGCGUCGUACCAGUGAGUUUAUUGUAUUUUAUUAUUAUAAUCUUAAACUAUAUUUUUUUUUUAUAAUCAUUAUUUUACAUACUUAAAAUACGUUACUACGUUUAUUCUGGACCAAAAGGCUAUUAGCGGAUAACAUUCAAACUAAACAUAUUUUGAUGUUUAUAAUGUAAACAAGUUAAAAUAAAACGAAAUCUACGUCUUUAUGUUGGAGGAUAAUAAAGUAGUAAUGAUAUUUUGACUUGCAAUUUUACUAGGUACCUACAAUGUAACUAAAUAAAUUAAUAACAUAUAUAUAUAUAUAUAUUUUUUUUUUUUUUUUGAAACUAACAUAAUAAAAAUGUAUUUAAAUUUAUUUUUGUUGAUACCUACCUAUCUUAUCUGUAUAUAGGUACCUACUUAGAUACUCAUCUACAGAAAACAAUUGAAUGUCUAUUUUUUUGUUUUAUUUUAGAUGCAGUUUUAUAACUUUUUUUCUUUAGUUAUUAAAUUCCACCGAUAAUCAAACAUAGUAAAUAAAAAACUAAUUUUUGUUUCAAUGAUAAAUAUUUUUCAAAAAAAUUUCCAUUGUUUUACCGCGAAUAUAUUUACCUCCUGCUGUCAUGGAAUCUAUUAUUCAAUCCAUAGGGGUCUCCUACAGUGAUAAAAUGAUAAUAUAGAUUCUAUGUUCUUUGAGUUUGAUGACUUGCAUAGUGGCUUACAUUUUAAUUUAUAUUAAUUGCAAUUGCAUGGAUAUAUUGUACCUACUUAUUAUCUUCAGAUUCAAAUACUAAAAAUAUACUUAUAUUUUAUUAAUUAUUUAAAUAAUACUAUUAUUUAUUAUAAUUUAUAUUUAUUUUUAAUAAUAAAAAAGUGUAUUUUUACAAAUAUCCAUUUUCUGUAAAUAUUAACUAUGUCAUUGACCUAACAUCAUGACCUAUCAUGGCAUUAAUUUAAUUCAAGGAACAUUAAUUAUGCAUGCUAUAUUAUUCAGAAUGUUAUUACUUACUUGCUAAUAGAUAUAACUUGUCUUUAUUUUGUAUAGACACAUUUAAUCUAAAAUUGGUUUAUUAAUUACAUUAUUUACAAAAUGUUUUAUUGUCUAAUUAAUGGUACCUAAAUAUUCAGAAAAAUAUUUUCCUUAAAUCAAAAUUAAUAUUUAUCCAGGAAUAAUUUAUAUCUGGUUUUUUCAUAUUUUGAUUGAGGUUAUUCUAUAGGGAUGUUUGUGUUAAUAUACCUAGUGGAUAAUUAUUAUAAUAAUACAAUAAAAAAAAAAUUGGUUUCAUGAAAUUUGUAUAGUUCAGUUAUUGAUAUUUAGUAUACUCUAUUUAGAAUGCAGACUUUGUUGCUUUUGUUAUUGAGUUAGUACAGUUUUCUUAGUUUACCCUAUAAGUGCUAUGAUUGACAGUAGUCAUUACUAGUGAUGGGUGAAUACAAUUUUGGUUAAAUACUAAAUAUUUGCUCGGUAAAUUGGGUAAAUUUAUUUUUAAUGCAAAAACCAAUUCAUAGAUGCCAACAUACCUCAUUAUGGAUAUUGUGAUUGUUUCCUGACUUCCAUGUUUUUUCAAGAUGAAUUAGAGUAAAUAAAUUUAUAUUUAUCAAAUUUGUGUUAAUUUCAUUCACUUUGAAACCAAAACCACUUAAAUAAGGAAAUUAAUAAAUAUAAUAAUUAAAAAACUUAAACUUUUAAAACACUACUAAUACAUUUGUUUAACAAAAAUGAUUAUGUUUGACAUAACAACUAUAGUGAGUGGUCUAACUAGACCUUUAUCCAUAAAAAAAAAACAUUUAUAUAAACAUAACGUUCAGUAUCUUUUCCAUCUAAAUAAACUAAUCUGUAAAAAUAUUAGAAUCUUAAACAUAAAAUUUAGUCUUUACUUUUAUUGAGGCCUGUCUCAUAAAAAAUAUAAAAAAUUUAAAAUAAAAUCACAGUUGUUCAUAAAUUGUAAAAUAUACAAUAUAAAAAUCUUAUUAAACCAAAUUUUAAUCAUCAGUAUCAUUUUGACUUAAGACAGGUUCACUUGUGUGAACUCAGUGGUCACAGAUGAUGAUUCCAAAUCAGUGUCCAUAUCACUUGUUUAACUUCUCUCACUUUGAGAAGAUAAUUGUGAUACUUCAAUAUGUUGUUGAGAUUUAGAUGGAAUGCACGGAAACAAAAUCUGGUCUAUUUGCAUCUUGAUCUCGGCUUAGAACAUGGUUUUUUGAUAUUGUUGAUUUAAUUUGUAAUUAUGUAUAAUGGCAUAUAAUUUUCCUGCUCGUUUAGUUUGUUAUAUUUUUUGAAUGAAUUUCUACUGCCGAUUUUACCAAUGUACAAUAAUAUUUAGACAAUAUAUUGUUGUAACUUAAACAAAGAAAAUUCAGAAUCAAAGAAAAACAAAUGUAUUUUUAAAUGGAAAAUUUUAUUUCAUUACAAGAGGAUGAAAGAAUUUUCCUAGAAAGCUUAAAUAAACUGAGAUUUAAAAAAAUUUGUUUUUCUACAUUAUUUUGUUUGAUUGGUUUUAUGUGCAGAUUCUAUAAGUUUGAUACCGAGUUUAUUUGUUAAGUGAUUAACAAAAUGUUGAUUUAGCUUAUCAAUUUGUUUUUAGUAUAAAUAUGAGGGGACUUUAAAAGUCAUAUCAAACAUUUGACCUUUGUAUCUAGAUUUUAGAACUGUUGUGAUAAGAAAUAUUAUUAAGAAUAUUUUGUGGAGGUAGUUGUAGCAAAAUGUUAAAAUUAUCUUUCUUAUUAUCAUAUUUUAUCAUUGAUAUUACGUAAAUAUAGAAAUUGACUUGUAUAAUUUUAAUAAAUCAUCGUACUGUACUUAAUAUUUUAAGUAGUUUUAUAUUUAACCAAUUUAAAUUGAACAGACAUAAUCAGUGUUUAUUGCAAACCUUUAUCCCCAGGGGAUAUCGUAAAUUUCUAAGGGAUUAUGCCAAAGGCAGACCCGAAUCUAGGAAUUUUUAUAUUUCUAGACAAAAUUAAGAUAAAGCAGUUAAUAAUGACUUUUUUGUAUCUUGUUAAAAUACGGUUAUUUAUAUAACAAUAUUUUUUUUUAUUGUCAACAAGAUAACUUAUAUUCAUCCAUUAACCCUUAUCAUAUAUAAUAUACAUAGUAAUGUCAUACAUUUUUGGAGGGUGGUAUACAUUCUCCCCAUUCACCCCCUGAAAUAAACACUGGACAUGAUUCAUUAGUUAGUAAGUAACUACUAACUACUUAAAAAAAUUCAAAAUAACUAUACAAAUAUAAUAUCUUUGAGUAUUGAUAAUACUAUCUAUACUCAAUGAUAACAUGUGGGUUUAAAAUCUUGCUAAUAGCCUUGAUGUCAAACAUUUUAUGUAAAAUAUUAUUAUCUAUAUUAAAGUAGAUAAUGUUGGUGGUAAUGUAAGGCCCAUGGUAUAUUCAAAAUUAAAAAUAUAAAGACAUUUUUUUAGCAAACACUCAAAACAUAUUUUUUUUGAAUUUAUGAAUUCAUAAUAUAUUUUGUAACAUUUAAGUGUAUUAAUAUUUAUUAGUACAUAGGUAUACCAUCUACAUUAUGCAUUUUUAAAUUGUAAUAAUUCACAUACUCAUAUACUUAAAAUUAACAAUGUAAUGAAAAAAACAAAUGUUUUAGCAGAGAUAAUGUAUGUUCUUAUCUUUAAAUUUUAUAAAAGGUUAAUUUACUCUAAUAUUAACCCUAACAGCAUAAAAUUGUCACUGCUAAACACAAAUUUUCUAUGUUGUACGGAAAUAGUAUAUGCUGAAGAAAUAUUACAUCCAAAAGGUAUUUUGGGAGUUGGUAACAUAUUUUGUUUGCUGUGUAUUUAAGCAGAAACAUAAUAUUAUGUUAAAGUAGUAAAUCAUCCAAAACGUAUUUUCAUUGGAAAUAAAUUUGAAGAAACUUCAGAAUUGUUAUUUAUGCUAAUAUAUAUAUUUCAUUCUAUAUUAUAAAUGUAUUACACGUGAAUAAAAAUAUUAUAUUAUAUACAUACUCUCACCAAAAUAUUAUCCUUCACAACUUGAUUUUUGUUACUUAGCUAACCUAACAACAUCAUAGUACAGUUAUAAUAUAGUGGACCUGAUUAUUAAUAUGAUCAUUUGUUGAUAAUAAAUAAUUUGAACAAAAUAGAAUCUAUAUGUGAGUAUACAAUGACUCAUUUAAGUCUUAAUUUGAAGAGGGGUUUAAUGUAAUUUACACACACGUGUGCAUGCGUGUAUAUGUUGUAUAUUAGUACUUAGGAAUCUGAGGAAUCAUGUUACUUACCACCAAACACCCAAAUUAAAAAAAAAUUAAAAAAGUGUUAUCAAAAUGCUACAUCUAUAACAUGUCUGAAGAAAAUUUCAGUUCACUCGGAUUACUUUUCACUGAAUUACAUCUAUAAAAAUGAAAACAAGUGAUCGUUUUAACAGAAAUUGUUGUUUCAUAAAUAUUCUGAUUUGUUUCUGGUUUCCCCCAUAAUUAAGAAAAGGAAAAAGAAAAUCAAGAAAGGACUAGUCUAUAAAAACAUUUGCUAAACAAAAUUGUCUACUAAAAACCACUACUGGUAUUUAUGGUUGGAUCAAGAUUUCUGGUUGAAAACUGCCGAAUCGCAAAGUUAAUGUUUUCAUUUAGAUUUAUUAGUUACAAAUAAUAUGUAGGUAAUAAAAUAGUAAUCAAAUGAUUUAUUUCGGGAAUCAUUGGGUAGGAACAACAUUGCGAAUAUGAUAUCCAACAUCUGUGAAACAGAUAGAACUUAUAGAAGAACUUAGGAUAAAUAGUAUGUAAUAGUAUAUUUUAUUCAAAUUUGUUUUUAUCAAUUUUGAGUGUUUGCUAGUAGUAGUACUUAGUUAAUUUACCUUUUAGAUUGUGUACUAAACUGUAACUAACUCUAAAUAUUUUUCAUUACCUAACAUUCAUUUAGUUGUAGUUUAUUACAUUUUAAGUUUUAACAUGUUGAUGGUUAUUAAAUUAACUACCAUAAUACAACAAUUUUUUAAAACGUCACUUUUUUAAUUAUUGCUGCUAUAGCAGUAAUUUUUUAGUAGAAAUUAUUACUUUAAAAAAGAAAUGUAUGUAUAAACUAGUCAAGUAUACAAUUUCUGUAGAAUAAGAAUUUGGUAUAAUAUAAAAACAACUAACCCACUUUUAUAAUCAAUAAAAAUAUUAUUACUACAGAAAUACUGAUAAUUUUCGGUUUUUAUAUUACUGCUAUAGCGGUAGGCAAUAUUUAAAAGUGACCUACUGUUAAUAAUACAUUUAUGGGAAUUUAUUUGUUAGGCAUUUAUAAAGAUACAGAAAUGGAUGAAGGAAUGGAUCCGACAUUUGCAAUGAGACUGAGGGCGCAGCUGUCCAGAAGUCCAGACUAUGUUGUACUGAAAAACCGUCAAAUGCAGGCAGCCGCAGAAUCUAAACCACAAUCUGUAGAAAAAGAAAAUACAUUAUUAGGUUUUAAAAGGCUUGAUGAUAUGGAGGUUGAUGAUGAUCCAAGUCAAUUAAAAUCUUUUAAGAAAUUUAAAACUGAUCAACCGAGUACAUAUGUUCAAACUUAUGAGCAAUCUGCAUUUAGUGGUUUUAGAGCUGAUCGAUUUAUACCUUAUCGAGAGGCACAUAACCUUGCAGCAAGGUUUAACAUUAUAUCAGAUAUUAGGAAUGGUUCAGAUUAUGGUAAGAAAGAUUUUCAAAGUGAAUCAGCGAAUAAAGAUGGUGCGUACAAAGCCAUUCUUCAUAAUGAACUGCUUGGAUCAAGCGUUGGGGAAAUAAGUAUUCAAGAUAAAAACCGUGAUCGUUUAGCCAUCAAACGUAAUUUGUUUCAGUUUUAUUCAUCUAGUCCAGAACAAGUUGAUAAUAUUCAAUCAAGGGCUCCCUAUUCUUUAUCUCCACUUGGUGCUAAAAGUCAAGAGAUUUUACGCUCACCACGUAAAAUACCUCGCAAAAUUUCUAGAGUGCCGUAUAAAGUCCUUGAUGCUCCUGAACUACAAGAUGACUUUUAUUUAAAUUUAGUUGAUUGGUCAUCUUCAAAUUUACUUGCUGUUGGGCUAGGAAGUUGUGUGUACUUGUGGUCAGCAACUACAAGUAAAGUAACAAGAAUUAGUGAUUUGUCUUCCGAUGGAAAUGUUGUUACUUCAGUUGCCUGGAAUGAUAAAGGAAACUAUUUGGCCUUUGGUACUCAGGAAGGAUCUGUAGAAGUUUGGGAUAUCGCUGCAGAAAAGCAAGUUAAUAGUUUAACAGGUCAUGCUGGUAGAGUAGGCGCUAUCGCCUGGAAUGGUGAUUGUGUGUCAUCAGGUAGUCGUGAUCGUAACAUUUUUUUAAGAGAUAUGAGAGGGCCGAGUCUCUCAACCUGUAGGCGAUAUACUGGUCAUCGGCAAGAGGUGUGUGGUUUAAAAUGGUCACCAGAUAACCGAUACCUUGCAUCUGGAGGAAAUGAUAAUAGACUGUAUGUGUGGAAUACUCAUGCAUAUACUCCACAGUUGACUUACAACCAACACACUGCUGCUGUAAAAGCAAUUGCUUGGUCUCCACAUCAAAGAGGAUUACUAACUAGUGGUGGAGGAACAGCUGAUAAAUGUAUACGUUUUUGGAACACUUUAACUGGACAACCAAUGCAAUGUAUUGAUACCGGAUCACAAGUUUGCAAUCUAGCAUGGUCUAGAAAUACUCAAGAGUUAGUUAGUACACAUGGAUAUUCCCAAAAUCAAAUAGUCGUUUGGAAAUAUCCUUCAAUGAGCCAAAUUGCUAAACUCACAGGUCAUACAUUCAGGGUAUUAUAUUUAUCUAUGUCCCCAGAUGGAGAAUCUAUAGUAACAGGAGCUGGAGACGAAACAUUACGAUUUUGGAAUAUUUUUUCAAAAGCACGUUCACAAAAGGAACCUAAGUCAAAAUUAAAUCUUUUUACAAACAUUCGAUAGAUGGCAAUAUAAUUGGUCCAUAAAGUGUUAUAAUGUCUUGAUCUCUUUCGUAUAAAUUUUAUAUUUUGUUUGCCUUUAGUUAUUUUUCAGUUUGUUGCCCAUUGAACAAACUUAACUUUUUUUUUUUUUAACUACAUAUAUGUUAUUACAAUUUCUUUUUUUUGUAAACAAUUUGAUUUUGCUUAUACACAUUUUAUUUAACAACUUUGAAAACUACAUUUGCUAUCAUUUUUUAAAAUUUUUAAAGUAUGAUAUAACUUUUUAAUUGUAAACUAAAUUCAGUUAGUAGGUAUACCUAUAUUAAAAUCAGUAGGAAUUAUAAAAAUAAAAUAAAAUGUAAAAUAACUGGUUUAUAAUAUAUGCAUAUGAUAUGAAUGAAUUUUGUUAUCUAUUUUAAUUAUUACUUAUAAUAUUAAGGUAGGUACUAUUCAUUUUUAAUAUACUAAGUAAUUGAAUAGGUAACAUGGUUUUACUGUCAUCAACCAUAUUAUUAAAGAUGAUUCAUUAUCAUAAUAAUUUUCUUUGCCAAAUUAACUUUUAUAUUACUUAAACUUUGUUAAUAAAACUAAUUAUUAUUAUAAAUACUUGUUUGCUAUGUUAAAAAUUGAUUUUCUAAAAUACCUAACUAAUCCGUUAUUGAAACCAAAAGAAGACUAUUAUUUACUCUACUGAAACGUCUGUUUUAUUAUUAAGAAUUGUAAAAUUAAUUUAAAUUAUUUUUAUCUAAUGUCUGUGGUACUUUAAUUAUUUGUAAAUUACUAAAUAUACUAUAUUAAUACCAAACAUAUCCUUAUUUGUAGUUUAUUAUCUUUAAUAUUUAACUAAUAUAUUUUGUUAUUUUACUAUAACAAUGUAUUAUUUAAAUUUAAAAUAAUGUGUUCAUAUAUUUUAUUGUACCUAACUAAUACACAUUGCAACUAUAGUCAAAUUUUUAAACUGUUGUAAAUAAUAUUGUUAUUUUAUAAACACAAAUAUUGAUAUAAUUAUUUAAUUAAGGACAAGGAUAGUUGGUUAGUCAGUGUAUAAUUGUUAAUUAUUGUACACUAAUGUUAGAAAGUAUUUAUUUGUAAAGUAUAUACUAUUAUUAUUAUUUUGGGUGAUUAAAUGAAAUUUUAACUAAAUGUUUAUUUUUGUGUUUAUUAUUUACCUAAUAUUAUUAAAUUAUAUCUAGUUAAAUAUGUAAUUCAAUUUGAUUUACCACAACUGUCAUUUAUUUAAAAUAUGUGGUGUUUAUCUCAAUUUAGAAUUAAUUUGGUUAUAAAUUAUUUUGUAAUAUUUGCCAUAAAAGCAAAGUAAAAUAAGAGAUACAUUUUUUAUGAUGUCUUUUUUUUUAUUUAUUCUAUAUGUAAAUUAAAAUUAACUUAAGUAUUAUUAAAUAUAUUUUCUACUGCAUGUGUGUCUUCAACUUCGACACUGCGCCUUGUCUCUUUCAACAGUCGAUGAUUCCAUAACUUCAUCAGAAAUGGUGUACUUAACUAUUAAUUUGUAUGCAAAAUGGGAAUAUUAAACAUUGUUAAUAUUAACUUUAAAAUUAAUGUAAUAUUAUUUUGAUCACAUUAUGCGUGAAAUAACAUCUAAUGUUAAUUAUUUGGUAUUUGCUAUUAAUAAUGAGUAUACUGCAUGUUCAUAAUUGUAUGAUCUAUACAAAAUGUCCAUGCUUUUUUUUCAUUUUAUCAUUUAUCUUUUUAGAACAUAUUAUAUAGAGACAAAUUAACUCAUGAGUGCUACCAUUGAAUUAUUACUUGACAAGUCUUAUAAAUCUUAGAAUUGAAAUAUAAAUAUAUUGGUUGUAAAACCAGUACACCAUCAUAGUAGAUACCUUUAAUUUGUAAAUAAUUAUUAUAGUCAAAUAUAUUUUUUAUCUAAUUCUUGUCUUUAAAUGAAAAUUUAAAAAAACAUCCUAGGAUAAUGGGAUCGGGUGUAGCCAUCUUAUAAGUUAUUUAGUGUAUACCUGUAAGCAACGAUAAACCAUUGCUAAUGAUGCUUUAUCAAGAAUAUGUAUGUCAUAUUAUGGUAAAAUAAUUUUGUAGGUAUUAUAUAUUUUCUUUAAUAAUAUUUGUUUAAUGUACCAGUUUUCCCAUGUUUUUUUCUGGUUUUUCAAAUUUGAUGAGAAAAUUCUUGAAAAAAUCGAAAAUGGCCUCCCUAAAGUACCUUCCCAGUCAGAUAUCCUUUUAAAAAAAGUGCUUAUAUUGUACCUAAAUCUGAGCGAAGUUGCUGGUAGAAAAGUUGUCCACAGGAAAAAAGAAGACUAAUAUUUUUAGCUAACACUUAGAUUUCUUACAUUUUCCCAUUUUUUUUUUUCAGUUUUUCACAUUUGUUGAGAAAACUGAUAAAAUCGAAAAAUUACCUCUCCAAAGUACUUCCCGUUCGAAUUUCCUUUUAGAAAAAUUGCUAUCAUAAAUUGGAGCAAAAUUGCUUGUAGAAAAGUUAUCUACGAAAAAAAAAUAAAAAAUAAUUUUGUAAAACCAUAAGCUUCUUCACUCCACUCAGAAUCUAAAAUAACAUAAUUUAAAACGGUAAUCCAUUUGAAAAUUUUUGAAUUGUUCUAUGAAUAAAACAGUAAAACUUUUAAAUAAAGUACCAACAUCUGUUAAAUUUGUUACCAGUUUUAUGUACUUUCGUUUUGUCAUGGCAAAUAUUGUAUCUGUUGUCUUAAAUAUUUUUAUAUAAGUAAUAAUUAUUAUUAAUCGUUUUUUUUUUAGUUACAUAGAUGCUUUAUGUCAUAUGUGUUAAUAAAAAUGAAAAGAUCUAUUUUGAAAUGAAAUACUAAAUUAUGGUAUGACAUUACAUAACAGUUUGUAAGAUUCUAUGACAGACAGGUGGGUAUGAAUAGAAAUGUAUGUAAACCCAAGAAUAUGUGUUUUUUUGUAAGCCUAUAAAAAAUGUAAUGUAUAUCAUAUACAUUAUAUUUAAAAAUAAAACAUUCAUGCUAAAAGGAAAUAUUUACUAAUUUCAAUUUGACAACAAACUUUACUAUAGGUAGGUAUAUGAUUUAUUAUAAGCAGUUAAAUUUACAUACAGUAUGGUAAGGAAUACUUAUACUAGGUACUUAUGGACCCUCCCAACUUGGUGGUAUUUAUAAUCGGUAAAGGUAAAAUAACUUAAUGCAAAGCCAGUCUAAAUUAUGGACAUCUUUUUAAUACUAGGUAUUUAAUAAUUAUUACUUGGUAUUUGUUUAGUAUGUGACUUACUAUAGCGAAAUUCGAAUUUAUUAUGUUACCUCAUUGAAUUACCAGGUUUAAUAAUAUUACUUAAGCCACAUAUUAUGUGACUUAUUUACCAUAUGCAUGCUUGCUUAUCUUUAUAAUUUUAUUAUAAAUGUACUUCGAUUUUAGUUUUUACCCAAAUGUCAUCUUACUCCAUUCUAUAUUGAAAUAAUUGUCAUUAUGUGUUAAAAAAUUAAAUUUUUUAUAAAAACAAAUUCUAAACACAAAAUAAUGAAACUAAUUCAUGCCAUAAGUAUAAUGGUGUUACUAAGACGUACAUAAAAAAAAAAAAAUCGAUUAGUCAUAGGCGAAAUCCGAUAAAUCAGCACUAUAAGAUGUAUCAUCACAAAAGAAUGUCAGUUAUAUCAAUUAAUAAAAAAAACAAAUUGAUUUUUUAAGUAUACUGCACGAUGCAACUCAAAAGUCAAUUUAGAACAAAUAGGUACCAGAACUUAUUUUGUAUUGGUUACAAGAUUUACCCAUUACGACUGUUUACAAUCUAAUAAGUCGUUCAAUAAACUUAUAAAGAAAUACUAAUUCCAAUAAUCAAAACCGAAAUAUUAACUCAUUCUAUUGUAAUAUCGGACGGAUGGAGAGCCUGUUCUUGUUUACUAGGUUCAAGCUAUGAUCAUAAAUGAAUAUCUAUAUGAUCAUUGUCUGCACUUUACAACCGUGGUCCGUGUUAUUAACUUAUUCUGUUUUGAAUUAAAGGGAAUGAGACCAUAAGAGCCGUGAUAAUUAAAUAAUAACAAAAAUUGAUAAGCUUUAAUGGAAGAUGGCCAUGGUAGUACGAUUAUGGCACUACAGGUCUGCAGUACCUAGUUUUCGGCAUUUGCUCAGGUAGUUUUCAUUAAUACUCAAUACUGAAAUUCGUAAAACAUUUAUACACGAAUUAAUGGCUAAUAAUGGUAUUAGAAAAAAAUAGCCCAGACGAAGCUAACAAAUAUUUAUUUAAUAUUUACCUACUACAAAAACUAUAAUCAGAUAUUCUUACAAUAACCGAUAUGGAUAAAUUAACUACAAACGUACUAAAAUUAUUAUUUAAAAAACCCAAAGACCAAAUAUACAAAAUCACAUAUAUUUGGUACAUAUACUUACAGCAUAUUAUUUUAUACUAUUCAUUUUAGGGUUUUCAAGCAGUAAAUUAGAAAAAUAAGAUGAAUAUAUAUAGAUUAAUAUAGUCAGUAGAUAGUUAUGGCUAGUGCUCUGAUAUAUAUGCUUUAAAAAUCUUAGAAAUAUGUAUUUAUGCUCUUAUUUUGUAGAAAUAUAACCUUUUAAAAUAAAAUGUAUGCAAAAAAAAUCAAUUUUCAAAAAGAAAAAACAUGUUUUUUAACUUUUAUUAUGUCUAUAUUCAUUUUUUAAGUAGGUACAAAUAAUUGAUUUGUAAUAGUAUUUUCGAAAUUUUUCAAUAUGAAAAGCAAUUCUUACAUAAAAUUAAUUUUUUCAAAUAAAAAAUUAUACAUACAAGUUUGAUUUAAAAAUUUUUUUAUUUAUAUUAUUUAUUAUGUUUCUAUCAUUAUUUUUAAAUUUAAAUAAAACCAAAAUAUUACAUAUUAUGCAUUUAAAAACCAUUUAUAUGCAAUGAAAAGUCGUAAAAUACAGAAAUAUGCAGUGCUUGUCAAAAAAUAGUAAAAUAUGCAAAAAUAUGCUAAAUAAAACUUUGUAUUUCAGUUCUAUUGACUAUAAUUCAAACUUGUAGAUUAUCUAGCUACUUUUUGGAUCGUCUAAAAAAAAACAUGGAAAUGUAUAUAAAUCCGGACCCUAAUUAUGACUCAUAACUCAAUAACUUAUAAACAAUUAGACUCGUCUAAUGUGUACAUGGUCAUUGGAAUGAAAUAUGUUUUUAAAAAUAUUAUUUUAAGUUUUAUAACUUAACAAAUGUAACAUUUACCUCAACUAAUGAUGUAUAAAAUAGCUAUUAGUAGUAGUUAUUUUUUACUUGUGAUAAAAAAGUAACAAUCAUAAACUGCUAUUUACUCUUACUGCUACUAAUGCUAUUUAUAGUUAUAAUAUUGUAGCAGAGAUUGUUAUUUAUUAAUAGCAGUGGUAGCUUAAAAAUUAUUAAUUAUUGUAAUAGGUAUGUCAUAACAACAAGUAGCAGGUACAGUUAGUUUAGUUGCAGUUUUUCACUGUACUAAAGAACAUUUAAACUAUUUUUGAACUAUUAUUAUAUAGGUAUUUAAAUUUUGCUAGUUUUUUAAGUAAUUUUUAUUUUGUAGGCAGGUAAUCUUUAGAUAAAAUUUGUAUAGAAAUGCUUGAACAUUUGACGAAGGUUUAUUAUAAGUCGUACCUAAUGGUAAAAAUAAAAAAUUGAGUUUAAUGUAGUAUCUACAUUUUUUAUAAGAGUCAAAAUCAAAUUUUGACGAAAAUCGUAAAUAUUACGGCCUUUCAAAAUAAGCAAAAAAAUUCCUCAAUUUUCCAAUAUAUAUAUAAAAAAAAAAAAAAAUCAUAUUAAAAUAAAGAUAUUCCUUGCUCCACUCAGAAUCUAAAAACAAUAUUACAUUUGGUGUACCUAGAACUGUAAAGUUACUAUAAAAAAAAAAAAAAGUAAUAAAGGUACUAUAAUUUUUACUAUAUAUUAUCUAUCAUUAAUUAAAAAUUCUGAUUCUGAAAUUUUAAUUACAUGACUACAUAAUUUAUGUAUUAUUUCAGUUGAAAAUGUCUGUACAUGAUUUAGUUGAAACUGAUUGUGGUGGUUCCAAUUCGUUAGUUAAAUUGUCAACUCAUUUUGUUCAAGACCUUGCGUUUAAGGAUCAAGAUCUUAAACAAUCUUUGGAGACUGAAAGCAAUGAAAAAACGUUUUUGGCAGCAAGUACUGGAGAAGUAAAUAUUGAUAAAAUAACCUAGAAACUUAGAAAUAUGUUAUUAAUUUGGUUUAUUUUCCUUAGUUGGCGGAUCAGUUUUUUAGUUCCACACAAACAGAAACGUUCAAAAUGGACACUCUUUUAGCUGAAAUGAGGAGCGUUGAAAAUAAUAUCCAUGAAGAUUCUUGGCCAUCACAUUUUACUAAAGAAAAUGAAAAACAAGUUAAUAUCUACAUUAUACCAUUAGAAUUAAUAAGAAAUUUGAAGUUCUAUGCAUGUUUAAUUUUAAAAACCACUCAUUGAUAACAAGAGAUAGGACAUUAGAAUCUCAAAUCACCAUUAACAUUAUUAAUAAAUAGGGCAGAUAACUUGUAGCUUUAAAGUUAAAAAAUAUGUACUUAAAUACUCAAAAUAUGUAUUUAACCAAAAACAUGUAAUUUUAAAUUAAAAACAAAAUUGUUUUAUAAAUUUAUUUAGUUUGGUAGUUAAUAAUUACAACUUGUAGAUACUUUUUUUAAAAAACUCUCUGAACUACCCAAUAUUUUCCGAACUUAAACUUAUUCCUAUUACAUUUGUUACCCGGAAAUUUAUCUUUUAAGAAGGGUACUUCCUUUUUCUGUGAUAACCAAAUUAUAUAAUAAUAACUGGGACCCGUCAAAUUCACGACGGCCACUCCUAUUGUCUGUAAUGUUUCCAAAAUUGUUGCUCUUUGAUUGUUCUUGAACGCUAUUUCCAAGAUCUUGGUGAUAUAUAAAUAUGCCGAGUUAAAAAACAAACAGGAACAAUCGAAGAGAGACGAUUUUUGAAAUAUUACGGUAAAUUAAGUGACCAUCAGAUUUGACGGGUCCCAGCUAUUUUUAUAUAAUUUGGUUUAUUAUGGAAAAAUAAAGUACCCUUUUUAAAAAAUAAAUUACAAAUAAUAAAACUAUUAGAUUAUUAUUUAUUAUAAAAUAUAAUCUAUUAGCAUAUUUUUAAUAUCGUAUAGUUUAUAGUUCUUACACACAUUUUCCAAUGAGAAUAAAACCAAAAAUAUUGUUUUAGAUUCUGAGUGGAGCGAAGGAGCUUAUGGUUUUACAAAAAUGUUUUUUUUUUCUGUGGAUAACUACCAGAGUUUUCUCAUCAAAAAUUUGAAAAAAAAAAAAAACAGGAAAAUUUAAUAAAUGUAGGUAUUAGCUAAAAAUAUUAUGACCAUUUUUUCUGUGAACAACUUUUCUACCAGAAAUUUUGCCUCAAUUUUUAUCAAUAAGAAUUUUUCUAAAAGAACAUUUCACUGGGGAGGUACUUAAGAGAUUAUUUUUCGAUUUUCACCAUAGUUUUCGCAGGAAAACCGUGAAAAUCGCUACAACAUUAAACAAAUAUUAUUAAAGAAAUUAUAUCAAGCCUACUUAAUUAUUUAACUAUAAUAUGCUAUAUAUGUUGUUGAAAAAGCAUCAUUAUCUACUGAACUCCGCUCAGAAUCGUUUUUUCGUAAGCAAUGGUUCAUUGUUGCUUACAGGUAUACAUUAAAUUAUCUAUAACAGUGGCUGUACCCGUCCUUAUUAUCUUAGGACGUUUUUUUAAACAGUAUUCAGUAUAAUUUUUUAAAAUGUAAUUAUUUAUGAUAUUGUUUUUAAACAUUAUUUAACAAAAUAUUGACUUGCACAGAUGUUCGGAUUCUAACAAGUAAAAUUAGUAGUCUACUUAUACUAUUUUAAGAAUAAGAACGUACCGGGCAGCGGACUAAAAUCAGUCCAUGUGCGCACAUUUCUCUACUAAUUAAUUAUGAAUAACCAAUCACAGAAAGCCUAGCGCUGUUUGGAUGCGUGGAGCAGUGUGUUCUUAUUAUGAAAAUAGUAUAGGAAUGUGAAUAUGUUUGAUGUAUCUUUUUUUUUUGAAAUUUAAAUGUGUUUACUUAUUAGGAACAACCAACUAUUGAUCCAAAUAUUUGGAGCUCAUCAGAAAAUAAAAUGCUGGUUAAAGAUGAAGUUUAUGAUUUUGGUUAUAAUUCUGAAUGGAUAAAAGAAAUUGAACAAUCUUUUCCAAAUCAAGUGUAAGCUGUUUAUUGAAAUUAUCUAGUGUUUAGCAAAUAUAAAUUUGUUACCUAAUUUAUAAUUUGUAUUAAAUGAUUUUAGGGCUAACUCUACUAAGUCACAUUUGGAUUUUGACAAGAGAAGUGAUACUUUAAAUACUUAUAAUACUGAUCCUUUAAAAUAUGAUGAUUUAAUGGUAAUUUUUUGAAUAGAUAUUUAGUACUUAUUAACCCAAAAUUUUAUCCUGAAUAAAAUUACACUUUUAUGUUCAUUUACCAAAAUAUUUGCCAUAUACUUGUAAAUUAUCACUUUUGUUUCUAUAAAAAUGGAACAAACACAGCAUUCAAAUUGUCUAGUAGUUUUUUAAUACAUGUGUUUUGUGUGUUUAUUAAUAACUGAUAAAUUAAUUCAUUAAAUAAAAUAUGUACAUUAUAUAUAGGUAUCUAUAUAAAUAAAAAAAAGUAUAAAUAAUAUUUUGGUAGUAACUUGUUAACUUAAAAUAAAACCCUAUUUCUUAAAAUUUUUACACAUUUCAUUUACCAUAAACAAAGAUCAAAAGAAAAUAUGUUUGUGAUAUAGAUAGCUUUUAACUAGAUUUGAUUAAUUUCAGGAGUCUUAUAAGAAAAUGACAGUUGAUAAUAGUUUUGGUAUACAAUUAAAUAAUCAUUUUGGACCUUAUUGGAAUUUAUUUGCCAAUCAAAAUUAUAAUCAGGACCAUAUGGAUGAUAUGUAUGGAUUAGCCUAUCAAAAUGAAUUAAAGCUUAAGAACAUAAUCUCAUCAAGUACCUCAGAAACAGUAAAUCCAAUUUUGAAUGAUCAGCAAGCUGAAUGUGUAAAAAGUACAGAGACUAGCAAAAAUAAAUUUAAAAUAGUAGAUGAAAGCUCAAACCUUCACGACUGGUUUUCUGAGUUUGAGGAAAUAAAGAAUGCCGAAAAUCAAAAAGUGAAUAUGUUAAAGUUUACAGAAAAAUAUUUGCUUAUACUUUAAAAUUUUAUGUAUACCUUAUAAUAUCAAUAUAUUUUUAUUGCUGUUUAGGAAUAUUGUUUUACUACAGAUAAUGAGAUGGUAUCAAUAGAAAAUCCGUUGGCUGAAGGAAAACGUCGAUUGGAAAACGGUGAACUACCUACGGCCGUGUUAUGUUUUGAAGCAGCUGUUAAAAAAGACCCUUCUAGUGCAGAGGCAUGGCAGCUUUUAGGUACUACUCAAGCUGAAAAUGAGCAAGUUAGUAAAUUCAUUACUAAAAUAUUUUUGAAACUAAGUAUUUUUUUUCAUUGCGUACAAAAAUGUACUUAACAAAUAUUGCAUAUGUUGAAUUAUAUAAGCAUAAUAAUUUUUUUUUUGUUUAUUUCUGGAUUACCAUAAUUAAUACGGCUACAUAUUGACGAAAAAAAUAAAAUAAAAAGAUUAUAAUGGAAGGGUAGGGUCAACUAUGUAAAACUUUGCUAAUGAUUUAAUUCGAAGAUUUUUUUCCUAUCAUUUGUGAAUCAUAUCAGUCCACAGGAUAUUAAUUAUGGGGCAGGAAAAUGUUAGCAUUAAAAAAUGAUCAUACAAAAUAUGUAAAUUCAAAGGGGGCUUUUUUUUAUUGGUAAACCUAAUCUAAUCCAGGUAAUAAAAGUAAUUUGAAUAUAAGGUGGUCUCAUAUUAGAUUCUGUUAAAAUCUAAGUUUUCUCUAUCUUUAUUUUUUAAUUUUUUUUUUAUCAAUUAAUUAUUAACACAUAAUAAAAUAAUUCCUACUUGUAUUUUGUUACCUAUUAAUAUAUAGUAUAUUAGUUAUAUGAUAAAUAGUUGUUUUAUUUCCGUUUACUAAACAUACGUAUAUAUUAUAUAUUAUUUUAGGAUCAGUUAGCAAUAAAUGCAUUAAAUAAGUGUCUAGAAAUACAACCAGAAAAUCUAAAUGCUGUACUUUGUUUAGCAGCUUGUUAUACAAAUGAAAGUCAAAAUUUACAAGCUUGUCAGAUGCUAAUGGUAAAAACAAAUCACUUAUUUGAAAUAUUAUAGUAUUUUUUUUUCAUUAUUAUAAUCCUUAUUAUCAUUUCAUAAUCAUGUAUUUUAAUUUUCAGGAAUGGUUGAAUCAAAAUCCAAAAUACACUGAUAUUGUUAAAUCAAAACCAAUAGCAGAUGAUACCAAUAUGUUUAAAUAUAUGUUUACUACGUAUGUAUUUUGAUGUUUCCUAUUUGAUUUAUUGUUAAAACUAGUGUUAUUAUAGCAUUAUAAAACGUCUUAGGUCAAAAUGGCUAUUACACAAUUUGAAGACACUCUUGUAUCUUAUGUACCUUAGUUUUUCUUUUUUUACAACCAGUAGUUAUAUGCUAGAGCGAAAACCGGGUCGCUGAUCAAAGAAGAAUAUAGAAAACUAUUUACUUUCGAGCUAAUGAGAAACAUAUUAUGUGGCCUAAAAUGUAAUGCAGAGUUUCAAACAUACGAACAACUCAAGAACUACAUGAAUUUUAUAACAGAUCAAAUAUUUAUCAUACAUUAGAAACAAACGUCUAGAAUGGUUUAGUCAUAUUUGGAGAGCGGAAGGACAAAUAAUGAAAGAAGUAUUGGUUAAAAAAAUAAACAAACAAUUAGGAAGACUCACAACCGAUGGAUAUAUGUUAUAGCCAUACAUAUAUACUAUAUAAUAUAUAGGCAUACGACAGAGAGAAUUUUAGAGGUUUUGUGAUGACAGCAAUGAUCUCCAACAUACUGAUAAACUGAAGAAGAAGUUUCUUUUAAAGUAGUGAAAAUUACAUAAAUGUUUCAUCAAGCAAUUUAGUGCAUAUAUAUUUGAAUAUUAUGGAUAUUUGAUAUUACAAUAUCAUUUUUAAAAUGAUUUUUAAUGAUUUUCAUUGAUAUCUGUUUUAAAAUAAUAAUACAUUUCUAAGUAUUACCUAAGUAGUUCACCAAAUAAAAUUGCUAUUUUUAUUUUUAUUUUUUUUUGUUUUAAGUUAUUUAAAGUCCACCAUUUUUCUAUUUUAAUACAGUAAUACAAUAUUUUUUUAUUUUUUAGGAAAUUAUAUGAAACUGUAAAAGAUAUGUAUAUAGAAGCGGCUCAGAGAAGUUUAGAAACAGGAUUUGUUGAUGCAGAUGUCCAAAAUGGUUUGGGUGUACUGCUUAAUCUUAAUAGUGAGAACGAUAAAGCAGUUGAUUGUUUUAAAGCUGCUCUGCAAAUAAGACCUACAGUGAGUAAAAUGAUUUUUUUUUUUUUUCAAAAAAUAAUUGAUAGCUGUUUAACAUUUUAUAGGAUGCUCGUUUAUGGAACCGUUUAGGAGCAUCUUUAGCCAAUGGUGGUCGUUGUGAAGAAGCUAUUGAGGCAUAUCACAAUGCUUUGGAAUUACUCCCCGGUUUUGUCAGAGCUCGCUAUAAUCUAGGAAUAACUUGUAUUCAUCUUAAUACCUACAGGUUUUUUUUUAAAAUUAAUUUUAUGAAAUUUCUUAAGAAAUAUUUUUAAAUUUACUAUUUUUAAUUCUCAUCAAUCAUUCCCAAGUUAAUUAAUAAGUAAAUAAUUAUAAUUUUUGUUUAAAAUAUACAUUUAUAUAUGUUUGUAUUUUAUAGGGAAGCUAUAGAACAUUUAUUAGAAGCUCUUAACCAACAGGCAUCUGUUGUACGUACAAAUUUUCAAAGUCCAGCUUUAUCAGAUACUAUUUGGAGUACAUUGCGUCUGGCUAUUUCAAUGGCAGAACGUCCAGACUUAUUAAAAGUUGUAAACAAUAGGUAAAUAUACUAUUGUUAAUUUGUUUUUAUACACACAGCCCACAUGCAUUCUGUUAAAACCCAAAUUAUUAUAAUUUUUCCAAUACAAAAAAAAUAUUUAAAUUUAGAUAUAUAGUUUAAUUAUUUGCUGAUAUUUAAGUUUAUUAAUAUCCAUUAACAGAUGUAUUAAAGACAAAAUAUUAAUUAAAAUUAUAUAUGUUUCAGAGAUUUGAAUUUAUUAAAUGAAGAGUUCAGCUAUAACAGAUCAGACUAAAGUAAUGUUGUUAAAAAUUACAAAUAAUGAAUAAAAAUAAUAUUUUUAUGGGGUAGUUAUAUUUGUAUAUUUGAUUGGGAAUAUCUAGAUAUUCUGAUCCAAAAACAUUUAAUUUAGUACUUAAAUAAUUAUUUUCAAAUUUUGGUUUGGUUUGGGUGUGCGGCUUUGAACAUAACCUAUAUGCUACAUAAUAUAUUUUAUACAAUUAUUAUAGGUAUCUUAUUAGGUUUCCUAUUCAAUACAUUAGUAGGUAUACUAUAUUUACUGUAUAUUAGUAAAUUAAUGUUUACUUGUUGAAUUAAAUUGCUCAAAUAUAUUAUAGACAUUUGAAAAUGUUGAAUACCUAUUAAAACUCAAUUAGAUUUAUAUUUAGUCUAAAAUAGAUUAUUUUAUUAUAAUAUAUAAAUCUUUAAAUAUUCAAUAUAAAUAUUUCAAUAUUUACUUCAUCGGGCAAAGGAAAUAAGUAAAAUAUAAAUAUGUAAAAAAAAAAAAAAAAAUGAUAAUUUUUUUAUUAAAAUUAUAUUUGUUUUCAAACAUAAUUAUUAAAGAUGAUUUUUAUUUAGUUUUGUACCUCUGAAAUCAUUUUUCUAAUAAAAUCAAUGUUUAAAAUGUUAAUAAUCGCAGUUUAAAAAUUAAAAAUUUGAUACAAGCAGUAAUGUUUUAAUGUUUUAGGUAGGUAACUACUUAAAACAAAUGUACAACUUUUUUAGCAUUCAUUUUUGUUAAUUACAAUUUUACUUGGUUAAAUCCCUUAUGAAUCCCUAAUGAAUUUUAAUGGAAAUCACAUAAUUACAGCCAAGUUAAAUUUAAUUCCGGAGUCUUUGGCGUGUCUGGUACUACUGCAGUUAUACCGACUGACCGAAUUGACAAGCUAUUAAUUAAUUAAAUAUGAGUAGGAAUUACAAUGAAUAAUUUAUAUUUUCAUCUAUUUUUUGUUUUGUUAUAUUUGUAUAAUAAAUUAUUUUUAGACUU